AUGCCUUCCGAUUCGUACUACGGGUCGUCUGGCUCUGGCUCGUCAUCUAGCAAGUACUACGACUCCACCCCGUCGUUCACAAGUCCUAUGGCUCCUCGUCCGGCUCUGGGUCGUACUCUGGGUCUGGCUCGUCUUCUCGCUACGACUUCUCCUCAUCUUCAACCUCCUCCGCGUCUUCCCGAGACCCUGGAAACUAUGGUCGUCGCGGCGCAGUAUCCGAAGCUGACAGCCACUACUCCUACUCCCGCAAGUAAACUCCGGGACCUUUUGCCGAUCGUCGAAGACCAACACCUUAGGGAAUCCGAGUUCCAAAGAACAGGUAAGUGA